AUGACAACGCCCAGAGUCUUUAUAAUACGCCAUGGCGAGACCGAAUGGUCACUCAAUGGUCGACAUACUGGCACCUCAGACAUUCCCCUCACAGCAAAUGGGGAAAAGAGAAUUCGUGCAACGGGGAACGCUCUUGUGGGGGAUGAUCGGUUGAUCGUUCCACAAAAUCUCGCACACAUCUACGUCUCGCCCCGCAAACGAGCCCAACGAACUCUUGAACUUUUGGGGUUUGGCUGUCAAGAGCCUCUUCCUUGGCAAGCACAUGGAGAAGUUGAAGAGGGAAGAGAUAGUGCUACGAGAGCCAAAGUAGAAGUUACGGAGAGUAUCAGGGAGUGGGAUUAUGGUGACUAUGAGGGCAUCACUAGUGCCGAGAUUCAGGAGCGGAGAAGGGAAAAGGGAGAAGACGAGUGGGAUAUUUGGAGGGAUGGAUGUCCAGGUGGGGAGUCUCCACAACAGAUCACGGAACGUCUGGAUGCAUUGAUAGCGGAUAUCCGGAAACGGUUUCAUGCACAUGCGAUUGGGAAGCCGAAAGGGUCUGUUAAUGAGCCUUUUGAUGUGUUGGUUGUGGCACAUGGACACAUUCUGCGAGCUUUUGCGGGGAGAUGGAUUGGGAAGGAUAUUGCUGAGAAUCCCAGUUUGAUACUGGAGGCCGGAGGAGUGGGUACAUUGAGUUAUGAGCAUCAUAGGCUAGGAGAACCGGCGAUUUUGUUGGGAGGAGCCUUUGUUUGA